AUGAAGGGAUCGCUGGAGGCACCUGCCACUUCACCCUCAAGCUUGGUUCUCUGUCCCCAGCCUGGCUGCUACUACUCCAAACGCUGCAGCCAAUCCAGAAAGUCACCGGCUGUGACCGCUAACGCCAGGGGCGGGCGGCGCCGCGCCGCCCUGCGGAGGCGCCGCAAACUUUUCCCCGUUCGCAAGUUGCCGGGCUCGGCGGCCGCGGACGGACUUCCUUCCCCGCUGCGGGAGCGAGGGGGCGCCCCUUCCCCGGGCGGGGGCCCAGCCGGCCGGGAGGGGGCUGGGCGAGGCGAGGACGGUCAAAUAGGGGCCAGGGGAGCGCAGGCGCCCGCACUCGAGGCGCGCGGGGCCGAAGCCCGGCCGCAUUGUCUCCGCGGCCUCGGACCCAGCUCCGGCGGCGGCGGCACGAGCGGGCGCGGCCGGGAGUUGCCGUCCCGAAUCUGCCGCCCCCUUUCGCCGCCGCCGCUCACCGCGUUCUUUGUGUGUCUCUCGCCGCCCUCGGGUCGCUUCGCCGCUCGCCUGACAGCUGAUGGGCUCGUCACGGUGGGUCCCGCGUCUUCCCAGCCGCCGCCAGCGGAGCCCGGCCCGGCCAAAGGAGGAGGACUGAGGAAGAGCGUUGACAGAUACUGUCUUGGAGCGGCCGCCGCCGCGGGGAACCUAGGACUGCCCUCCGGGCGGCCGGCGACCAGCCCCGGCCCCGCUCUAGCUCUUCCAGACCUCUUCCGCGCCGGGACCCUUCCGUCCUCCCUCCGGGUCUGCCCUCCCAACCAGCUCCAGGACGGCGCCCGGCGCCCUGCUCCGCAGCUGAGCGCGCUCGGUCAAGAAUCCUGGGGAACCCGCCCCGCCCCCUGGCUCCCGCACCCUCCAAUGAUCUUGGCCUAUAGGGGGAAGUUCCAUCCAAUCAAGUGUCGGAAAACCCGGCCAGUCCCCGAGAGUGUAGCCAAUGGAACACGACUCCGGCAACACACCCGCCCUGAUCCACUAGGAACAAACCUCUCUGAGCGUUGCGGUGCGACCCUGAUCCUGGCGCCCAGAGCAAGUCAAGUCCGGCUGGAGCUGUGUCACAAAGUGAGCCGCUAUCAAGGCAGUCACCUCAGGCCGCCAGACUCCAACCACAGUCUAAAGGGCCCUGUGUCUUUCCGUUCAGUAGAGCCUCUCACUGCGGAGUCUCCUGCUGUGUUUAUUUCGGCUCCUCAGUCAUUCAACUUGUUGGAGAGAGAGUCAAUACUCUUAGGUGGCAGUAGCAACGGAGUGUGAAAACCAUCAUCAUUACCUUCUUCUCCCAAGGUAUUUCACAUUUGUGCAUUAAGAAAAUUUAAAAGAACAAAUCAUGAGAAAGAACAAAACUGGAAGUAUCACAAUUCCAGAUUUCAAGCUAUCUACUACAAAGCUGUUACAAUCAAAACAGUAUGGUACUGGCACAAAAAUAGAUACAUAGACCAAUGGAAAAGAAUGAGAGCCCAGAAAUAAACCCACACUUGUUUGGUCAAUUAAUCUUCAACAGAGGCAAGAAAAUCAAUGGGGAAAAGAUAGUCUCUACAACAAAUGGUGCUGGAAAAGGGGGACAGCUACGUGCAAAAGAAUGAGACUGGACCACUUUCUUUCACCACACAGGAAGACAAACUCAAAAUAGAUUAAGAACCUAAAUGUGAGACCUGGAACCACAAAACUCCAGAAGAAGACAAGCAAUAAUCUCUUGGACAUUGGCAAAAGAGAUAUUUUUCUAGAUAUAUCUCCUCAGGUAAUGGAAACAAAAGCAAAAAUAAACUAUUGGGACUGCAUCAAAUUGAAAAGCUUUUUCACAGUGAAGGAAACCAUCAACAAAACCAUAAGGCAAUCUACAGAAUUGGAGAAGAUAUUUGCAAAUGAUAUAUUGAUUAGAGGUUAGUAUGCAAAAUGUAUAAAAAACUUAUACCAAAACCGCAAAUAAUCUGAUUAAAAAAUGGGCAGAGGACCCAAACAGAUAUUUUUAUAAAGAAGAUAGACAGAUGGCCAAUAGACACAUGAAAAGAUGUUCCAUAUCACUAAUCAUCAAGGAAAUGUAAAUAAAAAUUACAUUUUCCACGAUAUAUCUCCUUGUACUUGUCAGAAUGGCUAGAAUCAAAAAAGACAAGAAAUAACAAGUAUCGAUGAGGAUGUGGAGAAAAACGAACCCUCGUGCAUUGUUGGUGGGAAUGCAAAUUUAUAUAGCCACAGUGAAAAACAAUUUGGAGGUUCCUUGAAAAAUUAAAAAUAGAAUUACUAUAUGAUCCAGUAAUUCCACUACUGGGUAUUUAGCUAAAGAAAAGGAAAACACAAAAUCAAAAUGCUGUAUGAACUCCUAUGUUUAUUGCAGCAUUAUUUACAAAUGCAAAGAUGUGAAAUGCAAGUGCCCAUCAAUAGAUGAAUGGGUAAUGAAGAUGAAGAUGAGGUACACACACACACACACACACACACACACACACACAGCGCAGUAUUUCUCAGCCAUUAAAAAGAAUGAGAACUUGCCAUCUGCAAUGACAUGGAUGAACCUAGAAGUUAUAAUGCUAAGUAAAAUAAGUCAGACAGAGAAAGACAAAUACCUUAUGAUUUCACUCAUAUGUGGAAUUUAAGAAACAACACAAAUGAACAAACAGAAAAAAGAGACAAAAAACAGACUCAAAUACAGAGGAUGAGCUAGUGGUUGGUGGAGGGUGGUUGGGUGGGUGGAUGGGUGACUUAAGUGAAGGGGAUUAAGAGUGCACUUACUGUGUGGAGCAUUGAGUACUAUAUAGAAUUGUUGAAUCAUUACAUUGCACACCUGAAACUAAUAUAACACUAUGUUAAUUAGACUCAAAUCUAAAAAAAUCAGGAAGAGUAAACCAUAAAAAAUUAAAAAGCGAACAACAAUAACAACAAAAUAAGUAGAGUUAGUCAGUGUGAUCAAAGAAUAAGCAAACUUUACUACAGUUAAAGAGUUUCUUUCUAAAUGGUAACCCAUGUUUCUCAGCCUUUUUAAAACCACUGGCUCACUCAACUAGGAAGAUUUUAUAGAACUUAACUUUCUGCAGUUUGUACUGAGUUCAAGCUCACAUUAUUUAUUUCCCAAUCAUAACAGUAUAUUAUUAGAUAUGCUUUUGCAAAUUGGAUAUUACUCUCACCCUACCUAUCUUGAAAAUCAUGUCAGUUUUUGUAUACAUAGACAUUUACCCACCACAUAGCCAAUCACCAGACUUCAAAAGAUAUGCUUUAAAUGGGAAGCACUUUGAUGAGGUCAGCUUCUACCCAGAGUCACGAUGCAGUCCUUGUCAAACAGUUUAUUAAGGGAAGGGAAACCCCAUUCUUCAGUAGGGGUUGCAUGGAAUGACUGCCAGCCAGGGAAGAACUCAUGAUCCAUGAGCACACUUACUCAAAGGAAACAAAACAUAAAUAGAAAAAUGGGAAAGCACUCAUUUUACAAUUGUCAUUUCAGCCUUUUCCUUGAACUUCAAGAAUUUUGCUUUGUUUCUAUACAUGCUUAUAUAAAAAUCCUAUGUCCAUAUAAACCUUCAUUUCUAAAUAUCAUAAAACUAUUGUUAUAAUUUUAAAAAUAAAAUAUUAAAAAAAAACAUUGAUACUCUAUACUUAGUUACAUGGUAAAACUUCAUUAUGCCAAGAUAGCUAAGGAUUGCCUGAUUAAAGAUUUGAAAUUUGAGGAAUGCCUGGGUGGCCCGGUUGGUCGAGUAUGUCUGUCUUUGGCCCAGGUCACGAUCUCAGAGUCCUGCGAUAGAGCCCAGCAAGCCCCUCAUGGAGCCCGGCAUCUGAACUCUGCAUUUGACUCCCUGCUCGGGGGUGGGGGCAGUUUGCUUCUCCCUCUCCCUAUGCUCACCCCCAACUCAUGCUCGCUUACUCUCUCCCUCAAAUAAAUAAAAUCUUUAAAAAAAAAAUUACAACUUUGAAAUUUGUAAAGAUGAAUAUUUUAGCCUUUUCCUUCUUUGGGGUCUUUUAAUUUGGUAAUCUGUUUACUGUUUCAUUAGGUGAACGAUGUAAUCAGAGACCCAUAGUAGCUAUAGAAAUUACCAAGUUUAAUGAUUCAGGAAUUCCCCUGAAGUGAAAAUAAUAACUAAACUGAAUAAUCUAAAUUGAUUAGUUUUACUUGUAUCAUAACAGCUCUUUGGACCAUAAGAUUAAACGUAUCACUUCAGUAUUUUCCAUUAAUUCAUUUCAUGUAUAUCCCAGUAUCCAAAAGCAAUUCUGCAAAUGCAGUUUACCAUUUUUUAAAAUUGGUUUUGUCUUUGUCUUUUAAAGGAGUUUUAUCUUUAUAAUGCAAAAUCAUUAUGUAAACCUUGUAACAAAAUCAAGAAUUAUUUCCUUUAUGAAGGCCAUCUCUCUGAUUCCUGAAUUACACACUGAAGCACUGUGCAAAUUGUACUGACGUCUGUCAGGGAGUCCACCUGGGCCAUCAUAUCAAGAAAACAGUUAUUAGGCAUUGUGAAGGAUAUGAAUGUGUGAGGCAGAAAAUCUGUCCUCAGAGAGCUUACAAUCUGUGAUUUUUGAGAAGACAACAUAUAAAAUAAUUAUUUUUGAAAAAUAUGUGGCAGGUUGGGGUGAUUAAAAUAUAAAAUGCAAUUUAUACCUUCAAAAGUAUAUCAUCAUUCAAAGGACCAUUUUGGCAAACUAUCCAUUAAGUCUGUUACUACUGCCUCAGCAUAAUAAUUUUAGAAUGCUAUCGUUUGGAUUUACUUUUCUAGUGAGUUACAAACCACAUAAAAAUACCUGUUUCUUGGUAGCACUUUUUCUUAAACAUGAAGAUACGAUUGGCUAGUUUGAUUGACUUAACUUUUACCUGUCUUGAAAUUAUAUUUCUCACCCUGAAAAUGUUAAAAUUAUACACAUAUACCCAACCAUCUGAGCACAAUUCCAAUAAAGGCAUUACCAAUAUAGAGUUA